AUGCCGUCCGACCUGUUUGAGAUGAAGGCAAAGGAUUGGUCCCACCAGGUUCACGUAUUGGCUCUGCAAGCUCUAAGCAUGGCAACAUUGCAUAUGAGACCCCUCCUUCCAAAUCUUGAAGACCUUUCGUGGUAUCAUGCAUACCUUCCGAAAGAAGUGGAAUGGUCGAUGUUUCAGUGCAUCUAUCUCUUCUCCUCUCCCAAACUCACCACAUUAUCCAUUACUCUGUGUAAUAUCUUCGACAGUGCAUGUCCCUCCUCCAUCCUCUCUGGUCUUAUCAACUCUUGUCCAGCCCUGAAAAAUUUGACUUUUCUUUUCCGAUGCUCCAACUCCGAUGAAGGAAAUCGACGGGGUAUUUCUUCUGUCAUUUGCCAAUGGAACUGGCUUCAGUCUUUAACGGUCAUCAAUUUGACGCAAGAAGCUCUCGAGCAUCUCGCAACAAUCCCAUCCCUCCGAACGCUUUCUCUUGACUCUCUGGAAGAUUUGACACGUAGUGAUGAUCAACACUUGCCGAUCAUUACGCGCAACCCAACUGGUGGGUACCCUGCCCUUCGAAGUUUAUCAAUCUCCUGUAGGACGAUGGAUGCAGCGAUCGCUUUUGUACAGCUCCUAUCCUCUAGUCCCAUCGAGGAUCUCGAAAUUCAAGUUGUGGGUUUUUGUUAUCCUCGUCAGUGGAGGGAGCUCUUCAGUACCAUCAGUCGCCACAUUUACCAUCCUUCAUUGAAUGAGCUUACUUUACAAGGGUCGGGCAAUGCCUUGGACCCCACAGAAGCACUCUAUUCUGACAUUGGACUCGAGGCCUUGACUGUGUUUACAAAUCUUGAAGUUGUUGAUAUCCAGCCUACUUUUGGCAUUCAAUUUACGGGUGACACAGUAAACAGAUUAGCUGAUGCCUGGCCCAAGAUACGUAGCCUCGAACUUGGCAAUACAUAUCCAUCGUCAAGAUCACCGAUCAUACAAACAGAGGACCUCAUUCCCUUCGCACAACGUUGUCCUAAGCUGGAGUACCUUGGCAUCGUUUUUGAUGCUCAAAAUACAAAGCUGAGGUCAAGUCCUGGUCUCUUCAAUAAUACUUUGACCACCCUAUCUGUCGCAGACUCUCCCAUCAAUACCCCAGCUAUAGUUUCCGCUUUUCUUUCCGAUAUUUUCCCCGGAAUCGAAUCGAUCACUUUUGACAACGAUUGGCGGGACUCGCCAAAUAGGGAUCCUGAGGAUGCAACAGAAACCGCAAUGAUGUGGGAGGAGGCAGAACGCCUGCUUAGAACAUUUGCCAAGGACUAUUAA